AUGGGUAUGUGUGUUGGGUUGCUAGUUGGUAUGGGUGAUACCGCAACCAAGGCGGCACUGGAAUGGGCCCUUGGUUGCACUGAUGCGGUCAGGGCUUGUGCAGAGGUGACGCGCUCCAUGAAUGAUCUUGCUUCAUUUAAGCAUGGAAAGAACAAAAAUGAUGUGGCAAGCUCCGUGGAAUGUUACAUCAGUGAGCACGGCGUGGCAAGUGAGGAUGCCAUUGCCAAGACAGGGUCUCUGAUCGAAGAUGCAUGGAAGACUACGAACCAAGCACGCUUUGAGCUCCCUGAGCUGCUGCUUCCGGCGGUGCAGCGGGUCGCAAAUAUAACGAUCAACAUACCUUUCAUGUAA